ACUGCCAUGGCGAACCUGUCCCAGUGCCUGGAUGACUUGCCCCUGGGCUCCCGCUGCCCCGUCGUGCCCCCGGACCUGUACAGUGAGGCCCAGCGCCUGGCACUGGAGCAGCUGCUGUCCGGGGGCCCUGAGGCGCUGCGCGCCUUCCUGCAGCGGGAGCGGGUGCCGGGCUUCCUGUCCGAGCCCGAAGUGGCGGAGAUCCUGAGCUCUGCGGCCGCCGUCCAGUGCGGGGAGGACGAGGUGUCCGCCUCCAUGGAUUGUUCUUCAGUGACUUAUUUCCCGGAGGUGUCAGAUGUGGAGCCCCCGCUGCUGGAGCUCGGCUGGCCGGCCUUCAGCGCUGGCUCCUACCGGGGAGUCACACGGGUGGACGCACACUUCCAGCCCGGCCACGGGGAAACCAUCUACAGCUGCAAAGAAACGGCCAGGUCCCUGAUCAAAGCGGCCAAGGAGGUGAUUGCAGUGGUCAUGGAUUCCUUUACAGACAAUGACAUCUUCCGUGAUAUUCAUGAAGUAUGCCGAAAACGUAGGGUUCCAGCUUACAUCUUGCUGGAUGAGGCACAGCUUCCAGACUUUCUUACAAUGUGUCAGAACCUUGGAGUUUCCAUAGAAAAUGAACCGUUUAUGAGGGUCCGAACAUUAACUGGAAAUAACUAUUACACCAGAUCUGGUGCCAAAAUUGUCGGAAAGGCUCGUGAGAAGUUCCUGCUUGUUGAUGGGUUGAAGGUUGCUACAGGAAGUUACAGUUUCACUUGGAUGGAUGGGAAGCUCAACAGCAGCAAUUUGCUUGUACUAACUGGACAAGUGGUGGAGAAAUUUGACCUCCAAUUUAGGAUCCUCUAUGCUCAGUCCAAACCAGUCAGUAAUAAGCUUGUUUCCAGCAUCCGAAACCGCCCAAUAUUCACUUCCAAGCUGACGUUUAAUCCGAUAGCGCAAAAAAAUCCUUUAUUAAGCAAUCUUCUGCAUCUGGGGUUGGCAAAGGUCUCCAGCACUCCAAAGAGAAAUAAUAUAGAAGCUAAACCAAGGUGGGAGAGAAACUGUGAUCUGUCUACGAAUGUGAGGGCUUUUGAAGAUGAUUUGAUGCAGAAUUGUGACAUCAUCUCUGGCCUUAAAGAAACUGAAUGUGUAGCCACUCAGACAGAGCCAUGGCUUGAUUGGAAGACUGUGAAAGCAGUGGAUGCAGCCACUCAAACAAAUGUCUCUACCUCAACUGCUGGAACACAAACUUCUGUGGUGGCAAGGGUGGCUUCUACCCAAACUAUGGUCUCCUCAAGGUCUAUAACUACUCAGACAGCUAGUGUCCCAGAGUCAUCCUCUGCUGGUUAUAGUCAAACCACAUCCAGCUCUUCUAAGUCAAGGUUGUCAUCCUCUUCUUUCACAUCCUUGUCCUCCUCAUCUUCUGCAUCCACCACCAGCACUGGCUCCAGUAUCUCCAUUCGCUCCUCUGACAAUAUAGGCAAUGGACGAAAUUUUUCAGAAUAUCCAGUGCGGGACUCUUUCAAGAAACUUACAAAGGAACGUCAAUAUCAUUACACUUCUAUAAGGUCUAAACUAGACCACAUGGUAUCCAUACUUUCUAGGAGAAGCCGCUUAGGCAACACAUUCCUCAGUUGUGAAACGCCUAGUUAUGGCUUGCAAAGAAGUGCUAUGCACAGCAGUUUGUUCAACCUCCGAGAUGGUGCUCGCUUUGCUCACAAUAUGUGAUAGACCUUCUUCCUUUUGGCUUGAUUCAAGUGGCUGUGAUGUUGGGCACAGUUUAUUGUGUUAGCGGUGAAAAUCCUGACCUUGCAUCAUUGUAGAUCCCUAUGAUGUUGUUAGGGUUAAUAGAGUCACAGUCCAACUGUAAUUGGGAGCUGAAAUAUAUCCUGGACUGAUGAUCCUUGCGCUUACCACUUUUUAAAUAUCUGCUGUACGUUUGUCACUUUAGGCCUAUGCCACUAGUUAGUGACUAAAAGCUGAGGUAAUGCUCAGAACGUGUAACACUAUUGCCUCUUGCCCCUGUUCAUGAUGUCUGCAGUGUUACUAAAGAACUUUAUACAAGUGACAUCCUCUCAUGUCACCAUGUAUCCAGAUAUGUACUCCAAGUUGCGUAUUUUAUGGAGAAUGACAUGGACCAAUGUUAAGGUAUUUGCCGUUCUUGCCUCCAGCCAUGGAUGGUUGAUACUUAGCAUCUACAUCUCUAGGAGGCCAUCACACAUGAGGAUCUCAAUCUCCUGGGGCACAAUGUGGGAUAGAUUUGGACUUUUACCAAUUCCAGAAUGCAGUUUUCAUCGGUUAUUUAACUUCACCACACCUGUCAUGAUUCUUUUGUAACGUGUAUGCGUUUUUUUUUGUUUGUUUUUCUCCCUCUUACUUUACUGCUAGAUGAAUGCUUCUAGGGCUGAGUUGUACAAUUCCAUGGUCUUUCAAUAGGUUAAACAAGCAGCCCGAGAGGGAGCUUUGUGUUGUUACGGAUAUCUGAUACUUCCCAAGGAAGUUUGUAAGAGCCAUCUAGCUCUAUGGAGCCAUCAUUUAUGGUAACUCUUUGUGCUGAAGGUUGGAGGUGGUCUGCUUGUACUUGAAACUAAAGUAUGGAUAAAAUACAAACACCUAUUCUAAGGCUGCUUUCACACUCAGGUUUGGUGCGGAUCUGCACAGAUGGAUCCGUUCAGAUAAUGCAUCCGUUUGUAUUAUCUUUAACAUA